AUGCUGUGUAAUGCAGAAGAUUCCACAAGACAUGCUGAAAAUGUCAGAAGGAAAUUGGAAUCAGAAAUUCGAAAUCAUAAGAUUGUACUGUACUCAAAAAGUUAUUGUCCAUUCAGUCGAGUAGUUAAGCGAAUUCUUGAUGGAUAUCAAAUUAAUGACUUAAAAGUGAUUGAACUUGAUUAUCAGCAAGAUAUGUCGCUAAUGCAAGAUCAUUUGAAAGAGAAAACUGGGAUUCGAACAGUGCCUCAACUCUUCAUCGAUAGCAAAUUUAUUGGUGAUCAACGUACAGUUAAAGCAAUGGAAAAUGAUGGUACACUGGAAAAUGUUAUGCUACGCGCAGCUGACCCUUUUACCAAAGAUUUGGGGAUAGAGAUACAAGCGGGUCCCCAGCAGCCACCCGGAUUUUUGACAUAA